AUGGCUAUCUUUGUUCACUAUCUUUCGAUCCUUCUCAUCUCCGCCGUCAUCUUCCUCCUCCUCCGUGCUUAUCGUCUCCGGCGCCUCCGUCUACCGCCGGGAAACUUGGGUUUACCUUUCGUCGGGGAGACUUUACAGCUUAUAUCUGCUUACAAGACCGAAAACCCCGAACCGUUUAUUGAUGAAAGGGCGAAACGGCACGGUUCAGUGUUUACGACCCACGUGUUCGGUGAGCCGACUGUGUUUUCAGCUGAUCCGGAGACGAACCGGUUCAUCUUACAAAACGAAGGGAAGCUGUUCGAGUGUAGCUACCCCGGUUCGAUUUCGAAUUUGCUGGGGAAACAUUCUUUGCUUUUGAUGAAAGGAAACCUUCACAAAAGAAUGCAUUCUUUGACCAUGAGUUUCGCCAACUCGUCAAUUAUCAAAGAUCAACUUUUGGUUGACAUAGACCGGUUAAUCCGGCUCAACUUGGAUUCCUGGACCGACCGUAUCCUCCUCAUGGAAGCGGCCAAGAAGAUAACAUUUGAAUUAGCGGUGAAGCAGCUAAUGAGUUUCGAUCCUGGUGAAUGGAGUGAGAGUUUAAGAAAACAAUACGUUCUUGUUAUCGAAGGCUUUUUCACCGUUCCUUUGCCUCUCUUUUCUGCCACCUACCGUCGUGCCAUCAAAGCAAGAAGGGAAGUGGCAGAAGCAUUGAGCAAGAUAGUAAAGGAAAGAAGAGAAGAGUAUGAAAAGGGUGAAAGGGAGAAUGAUAUGUUGGGAGCAUUAUUAGGAGGGGAAUGGGAAGAUGACCAACUUUCAAAUGAACAAAUUGUAGAUUUCAUGGUUGCUUUGCUUGUUGCUGGCUAUGAAACUACUUCAACUAUCAUGACUCUUGCUGUCAAAUUCUUGACUCAGAUCCCUCUUGCUUUGGCUCAACUCAAGAAUAUUAGUGGAAGAUGAA